AGUCCAGUUUCAUGCAACCACUUUGAUUUAGAAUGUAAAGGGAAUCAAACCCACGCCGAUUGUUCCGGCCUAGGGUUGGCUGAGAUUCCGUCCCAUCUGUCCCCUGACCUCUGUUUACUGGAUCUCUCAAACAACAGUCUGACCACCAUCCCGGCCCACGCGUUUCAAAUGUACCCGAAAUUAAAAUUUCUUUUCAUCAGAUUCAACAAAAUUGUAAAGUUAUCCAAUUUUUCAUUCGCCACACUGCCUGCCCUCGACACUUUAGAUCUGCACGGAAAUUGGCUUGAAAUGACGUCAUCGGCGUUCCCGGCGGAUGCGUUCAGCUCAUUGGUGUCACUACAGUUACUUAGGAUCAACAGGAACAAUCCGAUCCUUAACAAGACCGGACACGUGUACCCUGACGACGCGCUGUCCAAACUGGUCAGCCUGACGCACCUGUACAUGGAUGGCAUCGAAGUGACCGAGGCCACGCCUUUCGGAUCAGGUUUCCUCAGUCUGAAAAAGCUGGGCUACUUAUCGCUCUCUGGCUCUAACAAUGGCUACUGCUACAUGAAACGUCUUUACAACAACACGUUUGAGAACCUCGGACAUUUGUACGACCUUGACCUACAGGGUUGUGGGUUACAAGGAGACCUUAUCGAGGCAGGCGCAUUCAGUCCGCUGACAAAUCUGACCACGCUGAGCCUCAUAUCCAAUGACAACAUUAAUAUUGACGGUCUUCCCGCGAUAUUCUAUGGCCUGCGAAACGCCUUGAAUUUGCGCCGCUUCCUUUUGAAUCAAAUCGUUCACAGAUACUCUCUAAGCAUCUGUCUAGACGGUUCCUACCUUCAACACUUUCCCAAACACUUGAACUACUUCGAAGCGAGAGAGAACAGGCUGGAAGGAAUAGACCGACACGUCGUCGAUCAACUGUCACCGUCUCUAGAAACGCUGGAUAUCAGCGGGAAUAAAUUUGUCUUUGGAACGUAUCUCAAGGACAUUCAUAAAAUGAAAAGUCUUAAAAGGGUCAUGAUCAACAGUGCCACGAUUGACUUCCCAAUACCGAUCGUUUACCCGUCAACUGGACAUGAUGUUAAGAACUCAACUUGCAAUCUGUACGAAUAUCGCGAAACUGACGUCCAAGAUGAUACAUUUAUAAUCAGGCUUCCGCCAAAGUUAGAACGAAUUCAAAUGAAUGACGCAGGCUUGAAUUAUCUCUUCACGAAGAUGCACUUUGACCCAGAUAACAGUCUCCAAGUACUGAGCCUCAGAGAGAACCACUUCCCAUCUCUUUGGGGACCAAUUUAUGGAUUAAAUAAGCUGACCUUCCUGGAUCUUUCGUUCUGCUUCAUAGCUCAUAUUUCACCAGAGUUUUUUCAAAACAUGACAUCACUGGAGGUACUGCUCUUACAAGGAAAUCCAUUGGGGGACUUUUUCGCCGACCCCAGCAGCGCAGGGGUUUUCUCACAUCUCACAAAUUUAAACACUUUGAAUAUGUCUUUCAGCAACAUCUACCUUCUACCAGAAGCAUUAUUGUCGCAAAUGAAAAAUCUUCAAAAGUUGUCCCUGGAUCGGAAUCGUCUGGAAUCCUUCACUUUGUCGAUUUCAGCAGCGACUACUUUAGAGUUGCUGAACCUGAGCGACACACACAUUUCAACACUUCCAUUACAAACGCGUCAGCACAUUGACUGGUUGAUCAGCCGAAACGUCACAACGAAAAUCUACAUGGCCGACGCUCCGAUUUCGUGCGACUGCCAGAACUAUGACUUUAUGAACUGGAUGGCUCAAUCUCCGGCUUUUGCUAGAAACUUCAAAGGCUACACGUGCGUGUUCCCGGACUUCUCCACGAUCAAUCUGGCCACUGACAUUAACGAGACGGUCACUUACCUCAACAGGAAAUGCUCGUCACACUCCGUUCUAUUUUUUGUCGUGGGCUCGUGCACUGCUGUGGUGUUCGGUCUCAUCAUCUGCGUCAUCGUGUAUCGCUUCCGUUGGAAUCUGAAGUACUUGUAUUACGGGGCUUACGUCCUCUUUCAGGGGAAGAAGCGGGACGCUAGACAACACGAGUUCACUUACGACGCUUUCAUUUGCUACGCCGAGGAAGACUUCCGGUUCGUGAGGGACACGCUUCGCGUUGAGCUCGCCGGAAGGGGGCUGAAAAUAUUCAUCCACACGGAAGAUUUCACGUCCGGCGAGUUCAUCUCGUCCAACAUCGUCCGGGCCGUGAACGUGAGCAGGAAGACCGUCGUGGUGCUGACCAAGGAACUCCUGGAGAGCCACUGGUGCUCGUUCGAGGUCGAGAUGGCGAGAAUGGAGUCGGUGUACACGGGGAGACAAGUGCUGGUGUUCGUCCUCAUGGAGGAGAUCCCGAAGAGCCGGCUGGGGAGAGAGUUGCUGUACUGUAUCAAGAAUAACACGUACAUGGAGUAUCCCGGGGAGAGGGCCAGCACGGCUCAGAUGCAAGUGUGGUGGGACAAGCUGGCCAAGGAUAUUAAAAUUUAA